AUGGAGUUCCCUGUGCACACUGGCGAGCCCGCACCUCUCCCCUGCCGGGGUGGAUCCCAGCCCCUCGCUCCCGCUCCAGGGCCAACUUUGGGGGCUGGCGUGGGGGGCAGCAAGCGGCUCAGGAAGGACUCGUCGGGCGCCGGGGGGAGCAGCAGCAGCACCGGCGGCUCGGGGCCUCGCGGAAAAGGAGCUGAUGGUGGUGGAUCAUCAUCCGGAAAUGGGCCUGGGGUUGCCCCUGCUGCCCCUGCAGGGGCCUCUCGCUCCUCCUCCCGGAACUUAGGAUCUUCUGGUGGUGAGAAGGAAGAAGGCAAAAAGGUCCGGCGACAGUGGGAGUCGUGGAGUACCGAGGACAAGAACACUUUCUUUGAGGGGCUGUACGAGCAUGGAAAAGACUUUGAAGCAAUCCAGAACAACAUAGCUCUCAAGUAUAAGAAGAAGGGCAAGCCUGCCAGCAUGGUGAAGAACAAAGAGCAAGUGAGGCACUUCUAUUACCGCACGUGGCACAAGAUCACCAAGUACAUCGACUUUGACAAUGUGUUCUCUCGGGGCCUGAAGAAGUCAUCUCAGGAGCUGUAUGGUCUGAUCUGCUACGGCGAACUGCGCAAGAAGAUUGGGGGCUGUAUGGAUGACAAGAAUGCCACGAAGUUGAAUGAGCUCAUUCAGGUUGGGGCCACCACAGUGCGUUACAAAGGAAGAAACCUUCGAAUCAAAGCGCCCAUGUGCCGAGCCCUGAAGAAGCUCUGUGACCCAGACGGCCUGAGUGAUGAAGAGGACCAGAAGCCAGUGCGUCUGCCCUUGAGAGUCCCCGUAGAGCUACAGCCAAGGAACAAUCAUGCCUGGGCCCGCGUACAGAGCCUCUCCCAGAACCCCAGGCUCAGGAUGAUCGUGGAACUUCAUCGGAAGGUCUCCAGCCUCAUUGAAUUUUUGAAGCAGAAAUGGGAGCUCCAUGAAGUGCGAAUUCGGAAGACGCUCGCGGAGCGGCAGCUGCAGGAUUCGUUUGUGGAGCCGUCACAGGAGAAAGUAAUGCUGCACCUGUUCCCUGGGGAGAACUGUACGCUGACCCCACUUCCAGGAGUGGCCCGUGUGGUGCACUCUAAGGCCUUCUGCACGGUGCACUGGCAGGAGGGUGGCCGGUGCAAACAGAGCUCCAAAGAUGCCCACACACUGCCUCCAGCUCAGAUCCUGGGCAUCCAGAGCGGGCAGGGUACAGCCAGGGGCCAAGUGAAGUGCCCAAGGAGCGGCACCGAAGGCAAGGGCGGGGGGCGGCCUCCUCCCUCCAUGGACACUUCUCAGAGCUCUGGAGAGAGUUCCCCUGAAAGUGCCCUUGGGGAGGGGGCUGCCCCAAGCCUCAGCAGCCCGAACGCUCCCGACAGGCUUCCCCCUGGGCUCCAGGAUGCUGGGGUACAGACCCCUACGGCAGCUCCUGUAGAGGUUGGGGACGGCCCAGCCAAAGAGCCCGGGGCCACGACUUGUGCCUGUGGCCAGCUCCCAGAGCUGGAGGACGAUCUCUCUCUCCUAGACCCCUUCCCCCGCUACAUGAAGUCCUGCCAGGACCUCAUCCUCCCUGAGCCGUGCCACUGUGCAGACUCUCGGCUCUCGGCCUGUGUCUCCCCAGAGACUCAAGCCCCCAGCAGCGCAGAGGUGGCCAACCUUGCCCAGACCAGGGCACCGUCUCCUGUCCGUGGCCUAUCUGGCCUGGAGCCUCAGCCCAGCCCAGGGCUCCAGCCAGAUGUUUGCACUAAAGACUCAGCAGAUGCUCCUGCGGAGGAGCCCCAGGAGAAGGUGAGCCCCUCGGACCCCCCGCCACCUCAGGGACAGCCUUCUGCCAAGCCUCCAAAAGAUGUCCCUGCCAGCCGGCUGGCCCAGCAGCUCCGCGAAGAGGGCUGGAACCUGCAGACCUCCGAGAGCCUGACACUGGCCGAAGUCUACCUCAUGAUGGGAAAGCCAAGCAAGCUGCAGCUGGAGUAUGACUGGCUGGCCGAGCUGGGCCCCGAGGGCCAGGCCCCUGGUGGUUCCCCACCUGCUGCCUUUCACAAGCAGCGCCUCCUCAGCUGCCUCCUGAAGCUCAUCUCCACUGAGGUCAACCCCAGACUGGCUCCAGAAUCGAACGCCAGCUCCAUGGCCUCAGCGAGACCCGCCCAGGAGGAACAGUCGACGACCCCCCCAGGGAAGGUGGUGAACAUCAGCUCCCGGAGCCCCCGCUGCCCUCGAAACCAGUCUGCCCUUCGCAACAGCAAGACCUUCUCUCCCAGCUCUGCGCCUUGUCCCUCCUCAGGUUUGAGAAACCCUCCAAGACCCCUCUUGGUGGCUGGUUCCUCUAGUACAGGAAGCAGUGACUCAGAUGGUGGCCUUUUUGCUGUCCCAACAACUUUGCCGCCCAACAGCCGACACGGGAAGCUCUUCUCUCCUAAUAAAGAGACAGAAUUGACUUUCCUUCAGCAUCUGAACUCCAUCAGUAUGCAGUCGGAUUUCUUCUUGCCAAAGCCCCGGAAGUUGCAGAACCGGCACCUACGGAAGCCGCUGGUGGUCCAGAGAACCCUGCUUCCUAGACCUUCUGAAAACCAGUCCCACAACGUCUGCUCCUUCUCUAUCAUGUCAAAUUCCUCCAUAACCGGUAGAGGCUCAUUCCGGCCCAUCCAGUCUUCCCUCACCAAAGCGGCUCUGUCUCGGCCGAUCAUGCCCAAGGUCCUUCCGCCCCAGGCCCCAGGCCACCUGGCCAGUGCUGUCGACUUAGCAGCUACAAGUGCCGGCAUCAUCCCCGGGAGCCCCCUCCCUGUCUUGGAUGCUGAGGGUUUGUCUGGCAUCUCUCCACUGUCUUCAGAUGAGGCAGCAGCUACCCUUUCGGGUCAGGACUCCACUGGCACCCUCCAGAAUGGCGACCCCAUCCCCACUGUGGGGGGUACAAGCGAUCCAUUCAUCAGCAUCCCCUCGAGGCCUGAGCAGGAGCCAGUGACGGAAGGUUUCCAGGGUUCACCUGUCCUCUCCUUAACUGAGCUAUCUAAGGCUCCUCUGCACAAUGGGCUUUCCACCCCACUGCCCUUGGCGGAGGGCUCCAGCACUCGGCUCUCUCCGCCUAACGUUUCUGCUCUGCUGGACAUCUCUCUCCCCGGGCCACCUGAGGACGUGCUCUCGCAGGGAGAGCCUGCCACUCAGAUCAGCGACUCCAUCAUUGAAAUCGCCAUCAGCUCUGGCCAGUACGGUGAAGGAGUCCCUCUUUCUCCAGCAAAACUAAAUGGCAGUGACAGUUCCAAGAGUCUUCCUUCCCCGUCCAGCAGCCCCCAACCAGACUGGAUUGCCUCCCCCACCCAUGACCCCCAGUGGUGCCCCAGCGACCCCACGGACUCGUCCCUCGGCAGCUUGUUUGCGAGCUUCAUCUCGGAGAAAGGCCGAAAGAUGCUGCCGACUCCAGUGGGGACCCACAGUGGCACCUCCCUGCUGGGCCCCAGCCUGCUAGAUGGAAAUUCGAGAGACUCAUUUGUGUCCAGAUCCCUGGCCGAUGUGGCAGAGGUCGUGGAUUCCCAGCUGGUGUGCAUGAUGAAUGAAAACAGCGUUGAUUAUAUAUCUCGAUUCAACGACUUGGCCCAGGAGCUGUCCAUCGCUGAGCCCAGCCGCCGAGAGGUUCUGUUUGAUGGCAGUGGAAGUGGCCCCCCUGUCAGUGACCUAUCCCAGUGAACAUACAGCGUACUCAUGGUGGGGGCAUCCUGGAGGCUUCAGAGGAGGGCUUACAGGGCUGGUGGUCCAGUCCUCAACUGUGGUAGGUGUAGAGAAAACACAAAUCAAGCCCAGGACCCCCAGAAGAUGGUCAGAAUAGAGACACCUCUGCACCCCAGAAUACGCAAAAUGCUGGAAGCUGUAUCCCAACGGGGAGAGGGCCGUAGUGGCCUGAGAGAUGAGGAUGAGUCCUGGACUGUCAUACAUCACUGGCAUUGGAGCCAUUCUUCGCCAGUCGUGGGAUCUCAUAUUGGGGUCUGUGUAAUGACCACAUAUCUGCCUUGGUGGUUGUGUUGGACAGUUCAGUGGGUUUUCUUUCUGAAAGAAAGGAGUGGGUGUGUGCCCGGCGUAGUCGUCGUGCCCUGGGGAGUUGUAAUCUCCCUGCUCUCUAUAGGGAGGCUCCAGGUCAUGGCUGCAUUCUUUCUGCAAAACCUGUACCACACUUUGAUUGCUUCUCUGCAGCGUGAUGAUGGAAGGGGGUGACGGCGUGACACGGGACAGCUGGGCUUGGCCUGGGCUUGGCCUGGUGGUAUCUGUACCCUAAGACAGCUUCAUGGGGAC